GACAAUUUAUCGAUAAUGAGUGCAACAGUAUAUAUGAAAAUUGUGGUCAUAUAAUUCGAAAAAUUAUAAUAUAGAGACUCGGAACUCUAAUUUGAUAUAGUACUGUGUGGUACCACUAUCGCUGUUUGCCAAAGGCCGUUCGUAAAUCACUAUUUUUUGUUCGUAAAUAAAAUGUGCAAAUGCAUUUAAUAAAGUAACGUUACUGAAUAUAAAUUAUAUACUAAGUGUUUAAGUAAAAUUUUGGAUCGUUGUUAUCUCAUGACUGCAGUACGCGUGAACUUUCGCGUUGUUAGGUUACAAACAUAACCUCCGUACUAGCUAUAAAUAUUACGAAUAAAAUUAAGUACGUAACUGUUGUCAAAGAAAGCGUUUAUUAAGUAGUUCUAAGAGAUGCAAGCGUACGGAAAUAUUAUGAAGCGACUGUUGUCGCCAUAUUCUUCCUUUAGAUUAAUUCCAACAGCUGGAGUGAAGUCCAUGACAGUACCACCUCCUUUAAAAGAUAUCGAAUUUCCUGAACGUGUAAAGCUUAGGAUUGUUAACAAAGUACCACAAUAUCCACCUGGAACACGACCUUUUAAAAUGCAGAAGAAAUUGAGACUGAUGCGUGGUCCUGAAUUGAAACACAAUACAUUAUUGCAUAAACAAUAUGGAGUAAUGGCAACAGGAGGAGGUAGACUGAAAUAUAGUAAUUUUGAAAUGAUACGUUUUAUGUUAAUCAGAAAUAUAGAUUAUAAUGUAGCAUUUGCAAUCUGGAGAGUUCCAGAUCCUUGGCAGCCAAUAACCAAGAAGAGUCCCGGAUCGCGUAUGGGAGCGGGUAAAGGGGCUAUCGAUCAUUAUGUCACCCCGGUAAAGGCAGGACAGAUUAUAUUCGAGGUCGGAGGAAAUAUUGAAUUUUUCGAGGUGAAAUACGUUUUACACAAUAUCGCGUCGAGGCUGCCAUUCACCGCCAUGGUAGUUUCUCAAGAAAAACUGGAAAGGAUGGCAGAAGAAAAGAAACGAAUAGAGGAAGAAAAUCUGAAUCCUUAUACGUGGAAGUACAUCAUUCAAAAUGAUUUGCUAAGUUCGCAAAAAUGGAUUUCAAAAUACGACAGGCGAUGGUACAACGAAUAUCUUUAAUGAUAACCCGUACGAACUUGUAAGAAUUUAUGAAUAAACAAUGAAAAUGCUAAAAAAAUGAUCUGUAGUUUAUUGC